AUGCCAACAUCGUGGCGGCAUUUUCAUGCCAGAGUUCUUACGAUCCUCACUUUGAUCGUCCUCACUCCUUUCGGUCAAGCAUAUCAAUUGUUUGAUGCGGCCCCGAGCGGUCUUCCAACUGCCUGUGGAACUGCAUUAGCCGCGAAUAUCUCGUGUGAUCAGCUAUUCUCUGCAUCAUACAUUGCUGGAGGCGGGUAUGUCAGCGCAGCUGCUCUCGAUGGUGUGUGCUCGACCAACUGCACAAGCUCGCUGCUGUCCUUCCAGGCUGAUGUAGACGAUGCCUGUGGAAAUACAACUUAUAAAUUCCCUGGAAAUAUCUCACAGACGGCACAGGCCAUCGUCAAUCCCCUCGUCUGGGCAUUGGAUACCGCCUGUAUCACGAGUGGCUCUAUAUACUGCUUGCCAGCUGUGGUAAUGGGAAAUGUCUCGGAUUGCUCAACAUGCAUGUAUAUGUAUGAGGCAGCCAUGCUGGACUCAUCAUACGGCCAAGUGCGCUAUAGUCCGGACACAUACUCGUCACUGCUAUCCUCUUGUGGAGCAGUUGGCUCCAGUUACCCUUAUACAGACACAGCCGUCGCUACCGUGCUUCCUUCGCCGGUAGCGACGGCGACGGCCUCGGCUGUGGCCACGGCUACAUGCUCUAGCUAUUACACCGUCGAGUCUGGUGACACGUGUCAGUCCAUUGCUACGGCCAACUCUAUAUCCACGGCUAACUUCGUCAUCGACAACAACUUGAGCACACUUAACUGCUCCGUUCAGGUAGGUCAACAGGUAUGCCUGGGCGCUGUGUGCGCCUUAUAUAAGGUCCAGGCAAACGACACCUGCUCAUCUAUCCUGCAAAAUCAAACCUUCUAUCAAGUCCAGGUGACUUCGUGGAAUCCUAUGGUAGGAGACUACAUUUGCAUUUCCCCCCCAGGAACGUCAAGUUGGGUUGUCCCAAGCACAAACAUCACAACAAGCUGGGAUGUAACUUGGGUCAUUCCUCCCACGGCCUUCACGACGCUGCCUGCCCAGCCGACAACAUUCCCCGUAUUCAACACAUCGGACAUUGCAUGGCCUGUAACCACAAUUGUCCCAACAGUCCAGAACAUGACUUUGAACUCAUCAGCUGUUGCACUGUACUUUGAAUUGACCGAAUACUGCCCCAUCACUGAAGACGAUACUUCUAAUGGCUGGACGAUAUGGGAUCUCCCAACAGCUUGCGAGGACCUCCUGGAAGAAUAUUGUAAUCCAUCGGCAAACGCCACCAUUCCCACGUCGACUGUUCUGCCGGCAUCAUGCUCUCCAGCCUACUGGAUUUCCUCCGACUAUAUUACAUCCGGUACAACAGUCACCAGCUCUUCCACUUCCGUCUCGAGGGCUCCAGAACAGACGGGAAUCGCAGCUAAUUGUGAUGCGUACUAUGUCGUUAAGAGUAAUGAUACCUGCGCCGGAAUCGUAGCCGAGUUCGGUAACUUUACUCUCAGCGAAUUCUACAGCUGGAAUCCGGCAGUUGGAUCGAGCUGUACAUACCUUGACGUUGGUGAUGCUGUUUGUAUCGGCACGAUAAGUAGUACCAAUACCUCGUCGUCCUCGGUGACUGUAACGGCAACCUCGACAACAGCUUCAGGAACCGAGGAACCAAGUACUGACCCUAGCUGCACUACAUUCCAUAAAGUAGUCUCCGGGGAUACCUGCGUCGGCAUCGAAGAGGAAUACAACAUUACUGCUGCUGAGUUCCUGGCAUGGAAUCCAACUGUCGGGUCGACGUCCGUGGAAGUGGAGCCCAGCACCGUCGCUGACUGCACAGAGUAUCAUCUUGUCGUCAAUGGAGACGACUGCGCUUCUAUCGAAGCCCAGUACGAUAUAACAGCAGCAGAGUUCAAUGAGUGGAACCCAUACGUCGGGACAGACUGUGCAUCUUUAUGGCUUGGCUAUGAUGUUUGCGUUGAUGCACCUUCGAGCUAG